AUGUCGCAGAUCCACGCCAUGUCCGACGACCAGGUCGCCGGUGAGCUCAAGAAGAUGACGGCCUUCAUCCGCCAGGAGGCGCUGGAGAAGGCCAAGGAGAUCCAGAUCAAGGCCGACGAGGAGUUUGCCAUUGAGAAGAGCAAGCUGGUGCGCGAGGAGACGCAGUCCAUCGACCAGAGCUACGAGAAGAAGUUCAAGCAGGCCGCCAUGUCGCAGCAGAUCACCCGCUCCACCGUGGCCAACAAGACACGCCUGCGCGUGCUCGGCGCCCGCCAGGAGCUGCUCGACGACCUGUUCGAGCAGGCUCGCUCCAAGCUCACCAACGCCUCCAGCGAUGCGUCCAAAUACCAGAACACCCUCAAGAACCUGAUCCUCGAGGGCCUCUACGACCUGAACGAGCCCAAGGUCCAGGUCCGCGCCCGCAAGGCCGACUCGGACGCCGUGCGCAAGGCCAUCACCGAGGCCGAGAAGGAAUACAAGGAAAAGACGGGCAAGGAGACCAAGGUCGAGGUUGAUGAGAGCAACCCUCUGCCCGAGGAAUCCACCGGCGGUGUGUCGAUCGUGGGCGGCAACGGCAAGAUCGAGAUCAACAACACGUUUGAGGAGCGGUUACGGCUGCUGGAGCACGAUGCUCUGCCGUCGAUCAGGACGACGCUGUUUGGCGAGAACAAGAACCGCAGGUUCAAGGACUGA